AAAUAUACUUCUAUUGUCUCACACAAUAUCAUAUAGCUAUACCUAUCCUUUUCAACAAUGUUGAAGCAUUUCUAUUUGAUAUCAAACAUAAUGAACAUUUUGUUCAUGUCACUUUUAAUAGUAAUAGCUACAUCAUAUGUAGGUUGUUUUUAUGUCAAUGAUGAAUAUUGCAAUCCUCAACCAUCAAUAUUGAUAAAAUCAUUUUGUUUAGCUACUUCCUUAGUUUACUACAUUUUCAUGACUAGACCAAACAAAAUAUACCUAGUAGAUUUUGCAUGUCACAAACCAAAAAACAAUUGUCUUUGCACAAAAGAAAUGUUGUUGGAAAGAGCAAACAAUUUUGGUUUUCUUAAUGAAGAAAGUUUCAUUUUGAUUCAUAAGAUUUUAGAAAGGUCUGGUGUGGGACCCACCACUUAUGUUCCUGAAGCAUUAUUGGAAAUGCCACCAAGACUAACACUUGAUGAAGCAAGAAAUGAAUCAAAUUUAGUUCUUUUUGGAGCUGUUGAUGAACUUCUUGAGAAAACCAAAGUUGAAGCUAAAGAUAUUGGAAUUCUUGUGGUGAAUUGUUGUUUAUUUAAUCCUACACCAUCACUUUCAGAUACUAUUGUUAAUCAUUAUAAACUUAGAGGAAAUAUUUUGAUCUAUAAUCUUAGUGGUAUGGGAUGCAGUGCUGGUGUUAUUGCGGUGGAUUUUGCCAAACGGCUUCUUGAGGCACACCCAAACUCAUAUGCAUUAGUGCUAAGUACAGAAAAUCAAAUCUCAAGCUUAUACAAAGGCAAUAACCCUUCAAUGCUCCUUACUAAUUGUCUCUUUCGAAUGGGUGGAUCGGCAGCCCUACUCUCAAGUCAUCCAUCGGACCGUAGCCGCUCAAAAUAUCAGUUGGUGCAUUCGUUGCGCACUCAUGUAGGUGCCGAUGACAGCAGUUACCAAUGCGUCUUUCAGGAAGAGGACGAAAAAGAAAUAGUCGGUGUUAAACUAUCGAAGGAUCUCAUGAAUGUUGCUAGGGACGCACUUCGUGUACACAUAACAUCGCUCGGUCCAUUAGUCCUCCCAAUUUCGGAAAAACUCAAGUAUGUGAAAAAUUUAGUUGAGAGGAAGAUUUUGAAGAAGAAGAUCGAACCAUACAUGCCAAAUUUCAAGUUAGCGUUCGAUCAAUUUUGCAUGCAUACGGGCGGUAGAGCAGUUCUUGAUCGGAUGCAAAAGAGUCUUGAGCUUGAUGAUUUUCAUAUGGAGCCUUCAAGAAUGACACUAUAUAGAUAUGGUAACACAUCAUCAAGUUCUGUUUGGUAUGAAUUGUCUUAUUGUGAAGCUAAGGGGAGAGUUAAAAAGGGACAUAAGAUUUGGCAAAUGGCUUUUGGAUCUGGAUUUAAGGUUAAUACUGCUGUUUGGUAUGCUUUGAAGAAUGUUGAUCCUAAAUCAUUGAAAAAUGCUUGGAUGGAUGAGAUUGAUGAUUUUCCUGUUCCAUUGCCAAUGAACAAACAUAUGAUUAAAGCAUAGUUUAUAACUUUCAUGUCUUGUUUGUGCUUUAUGUGUCUUGUAAGAUUACUUAGGUUUAGUUUUAUGCGUGUUAUGUUAUUUAUUUGAGAAUAAUUAUGUACUCUAAUGUUGUGUGAUGUGAUGUGUGCUGAGAUUAUUGAUUAGAAUAUUCGGCCAGUUAUGUAGUUGAAUUGAACUGAAAUUUCUAUUUAAUGAUUGAUGAAAGUUUCCAACAUA